UGAAGUUGAAAGGGCUCUAAAGAAACUCAACAGUUACUUAGAGUUGAAGCACCUUAGUUACUCCUCACUCCAGUCUCUAUAUAUACACAUAACUUCAUCCUUAAAUUAACGACUACAUUUCAUAUAGCAAGAAAUUAAUAUAAUGAGUGUUAAUAUGAAUAUGAUCAAGUUUGGCCCGGCAGGAAAUAAAGGGGGGACUGCUUGGGAAGAAAAGGGGAAAGGCGAAAUUGCUAAGAUUUUUGUUUCCCGCGAUGAAAUCAGCAUUCAUUCACUUCAAUUCCUGUUCGUUGAGAAUGGCCACUUUGUUUUAUCCGACAGACAUGGUUCUGAUACAACAAGCACAUACUUCAACACAGUUGCCUUGGAUUUCCCAACAGAAUUUCUUACUUCCAUAAGAGGUUUCUACCAAUCUUCUUGCUAUGCUUCCAGUGUAUUAAGAUCAAUAACAUUUGUCACCAACAAAGAUACCUAUGGACCAUAUGGCAAAAUGGCCCCCUCAUCAACCCCUUCAUCAACCUGUAAGGAAUUCAUCUUUCAACUAGGAGUUGAUCGUUGUUUUGGUGGAUUUCACGGCACUAAAGACUAUUACAUUGAGAGUAUUGGAGUAUAUUUGAAGACCGUCACGCCCUCCAUGAUCACACCCACAAACUCUCAGGUUGAAGUGCCAAUCGAGACGAGUUUAAAUUAUUGAAUUGGUACAGACGACAAACGGUACACCCAGAUGAGUAGAAGACUUUGCUGAAGGUGUUCCAGCGGGAUUGGCGAGCUCCAUCUCAGUUCGAAGUGUUGCCGGGUCAAGUACUUAUGUCAUUGUAUUUUGUAUGUGUUAGAGACUUUGCAGACAGUGUCCUGUGAAUAGGGCGUCGAGCAGUGCGAAUCAUUUAUAUAUGUUAAAAGAGUAUGAAUUUUCAGAUGAUUCCUGUUGGUAAAAAGUGCGUAAUUGAUUGAAAGUUUUUC